AUGACGCUGCCCCGCCGGGUCGCCCACGUCCUGGGCGCGGUCGGGCUCGCCCCGCUCGCCCGCGGUGACGAAGAGGUAGCCAUCGGCGAACAGGAGGCGCGAGCCGAAGUGGCGGCCGCCGUCGUCGCGCGGCAGGGCGACGUAGAUCUCCUCGACAUCCUCCAGGCGCGCGCCGACGAGCCGGCCGCGGGCGACCGCGGUGGCCGCAUCGUUAUCGUCGUCGGGGCUCGCGUAGGAGAGGUAGAUCAGGCCGUUCUCCGCGAAGCCGGGGUGCAGCGCCACGUCGAGCAGCCCGCCCUGGCCAUCGUCCCACACCUCGGGCACGCCCGCGACCGGCUCGGGCACGAGCCAGCCGUCCGCGACGAUGCGGAGCCUGCCGGGGCGCUCCGUCACCAGCAUCCGCCCGUCGGGCAGGAAGGCGAGGCUCCAGGGGUGCUCCAGCCCGUCCACCACCUUGACCAGAUGGAAACGGUGCUUGGCGCUCUCGAACGUGCCGAGCCGCUCGGCCGCCGCGAGCGGGCAGGCCGCGCCGAGGGAAACCGCCGCCAUCGCGAGCAACGCCCAGACGGCGCCUAUGGUUCGUACCCCUCUACCGCGAGCCUUCGGCAUGCCCUGCGUUCCUCCCCGAUGCGUGGAACCUAUCACCGCGCGCUAGAGCCGUGCCAGUGGCCGCGCCGGCCCUGGGGUUGCGACUGCCGGUGGCUUGGGCCACCGUGCCUGGCACGGACAGAUGCGAUAGGAUUGCGCGCCAUGACACGGCAGCGAAGCCCCGCCCUGCUGCAACGGGACCGCUCGGCCCUCGUCGUCAUCGACAUGCAGGAGCGGCUCAUGCCCGCGAUCGCCGAUGCGGACGCGGUGACCCGCGCGGCGGGUAUCCUGAUCGAGGCGUCGCGGCAGCUUGAGGUCCCGGUGGUCGUCACCGAGCAAUACCCCAAGGGCCUGGGCCCCACCGUCGAUGCCAUCGCGAGCCGGCUUCCCAACGGCGCGGCAGUGGUCGAGAAGAUGACCUUCAGCGCCGCGCGCAAUUUCGAUUUCGCGUCUCGGAUCGAUGAGCUCCGGGCCGCAGGCCGCGAUCACAUCGUGGUCUGCGGGGUCGAGAGCCACGUCUGCGUGAUGCAGACGGCCGCCGACCUUGGCGCAGAGGGCUGCACCGUUCAUAUCGUCGCCGAUGCCUGCAGCUCGCGCGCGCCCGCCAGCAAGGAGGCCGCGCUGGCGCGGUUCGGGGCGUUGGGGAUCUCCCGCGUGACCACCGAGAUGGUGCUGUUCGAAUGGUUGGAGGCCGCCGGCACGCCGGAAUUCAAGGCCGUCUCCCGCCUCGUCAAGUAG